CCACAGAAACAAACCGUACGCAAAUCGGUCGAAAUCCCACAAUGGCGGGACACAAAACCGGCGCCGAAUGGGAGAAAAUAGCCCACGAAAUCGAGGAUGACAAAAGGGACGAAAUCGAAACGCUAGAAGAUUUGGAAGAGAAAAUGCGCAACACUCCAAAGGGGAUGUUCGUCAGCGGAUGGGACGAUCCGGACGAGCUGAUCGAGGAGGACAACGAUCCGAAGGCAUCUUUGGAGCGAUUGGCUUUGUGGGCUGCAGGUGAGAACAAGCUGGAAGUGCUCGAAGAAGUCAUUGGCAAGAAGCCAUCGAUUGUCAAUGUCAUUGAUAGCGACGGUUACACUCCGCUGCAUAAGGCGUGCUACAACAACAACGUAGAAAUGGCCAAGCUGCUGCUGAGACAUGGAGCCAAUCUGGAAGCACGGACCGAACUGGGUUGGACACCGUUGCAUUCGGCUUGCAAGUGGAACAAUGCCGAAUGCGUUGCCCUGUUGCUCCAACAUGGUGCGGACAUUAAUGCCCAUUCGCAGGGAGAUCAAACACCGUUGCACAUUACCGCCACAGUUUCCAACUGUCGAAGCACGCUGGUUACGCUGCUAAUGGACGAUCGAGUCAAGCCCGGUUUGCUUAAUAAUUCCGAGGAAACGGCUGCCGACAUUGCUAAGAGGGGUGGAAUGUCAUAUCCAAUGUUUGCAAUGGCACAAUCGGCCUUGACGGUGGAAACGGGAUUGUUAGAUUAGAUUAAGGUAAAGGGUAAGUAGAAUUA